AUGCAAUCACCUGCAGCUCAGAACCUCCAACGGCCAUUUGGUAUGCAAAUGAUGCCGUCUGGUACAGGUCAACACCAAGCUGCUAUGAUGCAAGCGGCGGCUGCCCAAGCGCAGAUGGCUCAGAUGCAUCACAUCUACAUGCAACAAAUGGCUGCUGGUGCAAGAGGGGCGCAGUAUUCGUUGGCUGGUACUUCUGCAGGGGCGCACGAAAUGGCACAGCUGGUUGCUCUACAAGGUUUGUGUGAAUUCAUUGUACAGAUUCUUUGA